AUGAGGAGCAGCCUGACCUUGGUGGGGACCCUCUGGGCCUUCCUGUCUCUUGUUACUGCUGUGGCCAGUUCUACCAGUUACUUCCUGCCUUAUUGGCUCUUUGGAUCCCAGCUGGGAAAGCCAGUGUCAUUCAGCACAUUUCGGAGGUGCAACUACCCAGUGCGAGGAGAAGGGCACAGUCUGAUCAUGGUGGAAGAAUGUGGGCGUUAUUCUAGCUUCAGUGCCAUCCCAAGCCUGGCCUGGCAGAUGUGCACAGUGGUGACAGGUGCCGGCUGUGCCCUACUGCUUCUGGUAGCACUGGCUGCUGUCCUUGGCUGCUGCAUGGAGGAACUCAUCUCCAGAAUGAUGGGACGUUGCAUGGGAGCAGCACAGUUUGUGGGAGGACUGCUGAUAAGCUCAGGCUGUGCCUUAUAUCCCUUAGGAUGGAAUAGCCCGGAGAUAAUGCAAACAUGUGGAAAUGUCUCCAAUCAAUUUCGGUUAGGUACCUGUCGGCUUGGCUGGGCCUACUACUGUGCUGGAGGUGGAGCAGCUGUAGCAAUGUUGAUCUGUACUUGGCUGUCUUGCUUUGCUGGAAGAAAUCCCAAGCCUGUUGUGUUGGUGGAGAGCAUCAUGAAGAACACCAAUUCUUAUGCCAUGGAGCUCGACCACUGCCUCAAAACUUGAGCUUUGAAAGAAGAUAA